UAUGUGACAAGUGAUCAGUUUGAAGAGUUAGUGAGUCAAUUUAAAAACAACAAACUGUAUACGACACCAGUGGCUAUGUCGGCUUCGCCAUGUUUUAGGAACGUAAAUACAAUAAGAGGCGCUUGUCUCGACAGCGGUCCUAUAGGCCUUCUACACCUGGAUGAGACAGUUGUAGAAGCUAGCAGUGAAAACAUAAAAUCAUCAUCAUUUUUAUACCAGAGCAACGAUUGCGAGCAAAAAACGUGUGCAAAAUCAAACACACAAAGCCCGGUGGCAGGUAGCGAUAAGAUAGAUGCAACUAGUAUACAGGUUGCGGGGCGCGAAACCGGUUCAUCGAGUUCGACGACCGCUCAUAAGUUGAGCGACCGAGAUUGUGAUAACGUUAUGAAUUCAAGUAAACAAAUAAACACUUGCAAUAUAACUAUAGCCGAGGUGGUGAAAACGAAACCGAUAAUGCCUUCAAGUCCGCCUUCUAUGCCUAAGAGUGAUGAUACUUGGCAUAUUGUUGGCAAAAAGAAAAAUAUAAGGAAAAAUAGAUCUAAACCACAAUUUAGGCCUAAGAUAGGAUCGGGAAGCGAUUUGGAUUGCAAGUUUAAAGCAGCGGAGCCGAAAGUCCCGAUAUUCAUAACAAAAGUACAUAAGGACACCAAAGAGUCGGACAUUUGUGAGCAUAUUUAUUCGAAAACUAAGGAAAGAGUGCUUUUAGAAAAACUCGACAUAAAGAGAAAGGAUGAUCACAAUGCUUAUAAAUUCUUUGUAAGUAAAGAAAUGUUGCCGCGGUUUCUGGAUACGGAAAUAUGGCCUAAGGGCAUUGUUUUCAAGCGGUUUGCUCACUAUAAGCAGCGUAUUUCAAAUAACGCUGUCAAUGGCAUUAAUGAUCGUGUUGUUAAUGAAUAGAGAGGACACAUGUAAAGUAGUCAGUUUUAAUUGCAAAAACGUUAAGCGUUCCGUUGAUAGCAUACGUGAAUUAUGCCGUUCCUGUCACAUAAUUGCCCUACAGGAGACAUGGUUGCUGCCGGAUGAACUUUCUUUCCUAGAUGGUAUCGAUGCCAAUUUUAAGGGUAUGGGGACUUCUGCCGUUGACACUUCGUCUGGAAUGUUGCGAGGUAGGCCGUACGGCGGUGUUGCGCUUCUUUGGAAAAAGGGAGCUUUUCAACAGGUGUCAGUAAUCAAAAGUGAUAAUCCAAGAAUCUGUGCCAUUAAAAUUUUUUCGAAUAAUAGGUCCUUUCUAGUGAUUAGUGUGUACAUGCCCACGGAUAAAUCGGAAAACUUACCGGAAUUUACGGACUGCCUCGCGACGGUAAGUGCAAUAAUUACGAGUGAGAACAUUGAAUCGAUCUAUAUACUCGGGGAUUUUAAUGCACAUCCGGGUGAGCCCUUUUACUCCGAAUUGGUGUCGUUUUGCGACGAGGUGAAAUGGGUAUGCGCGGACGUUGAGAGGCUGGGCGUACAGUCGGGAUCGUAUACGUUCGUCAGUGAGGCUCACGGUUCACGGCGUUGGCUGGAUCAUUGUUUGGUAUCUAAUGCCACGUUAGAUACUAUUACGAAUGUUUAUGUUAAGCUUGAUGUGAUGUGGUCCGAUCAUUACCCGCUCAUAAUUGAAUGCAAUUUUACAGUACUGAACAUAAAGUCUUGUUAUAAAAAUGUAUUAAAUAAGGUAAUCUGGGGAAACAGAAAUGCGAAACAGAUAGAAAUGUAUAAGAAUGAAUGUCACGAGCGCUUAGGUUCUAUAGACUUACCGGGUCAUUUAUGUGAAUGUUAUAUGUCGCAUAAAGUAUGUUGUAUAGCUGAGCAUAAAACUGUUAUUGACAAACUUUAUAAGGAUGUAAUAGAAGCCCUCAAAUGUUCGGCUAUCAUUAGCAACUCUACGCAGGCACGUAGAAAAAACAAAAUAGUCGCAGGCUGGAAUAGGUACGUCAGCAAAGCUCACGGGGAGGCCAGGCGUAGUUAUCAAGCAUGGGUGUGGUAUAAUCGGCCUAUUUCGGGUCCAGUAUAUGAUGCAAUGAUUGAGAGCAGAAGGGUAUUUAAAUCGCGCCUAAAAUGGUGUCAGAAGAACGAGGAGCAAAUUAAAUUUGAUAAAAUGGCAUCAUUACAUUCCAAUAAAGAUUUUAAGCAGUUUUGGAAAUGUACAAAUAGCAUGAGUACUAAACCUGGUCUUCCCGCGAGUAUCGAUGGCGUCAGUGAUCCCAAACAAAUAGCAGACUUAUUUAAACAACUGUUUUUAGUUAAAUCACCGUUGGGACCGUCACGUUCGGAGGUCGAGGCUGAGACCAUGAGUGAGCCUAUUAUAAUAGGGACAAAAGUAACCGCUCAAGACGUAGCUAGGGUUAUAAAGAGCAUGUCUAGAGGCAAAUCCCCAGGUCAUGAUGGACUCAGCCUCGAACACCUACAACAUGCUGGCUCGCAUUUACCUCGUGUUCUUGCUUUGCUAUUUACGUUAUGCUUGGGACACUCUUAUUUACCGGCUGAGCUUAUGAAAACAAUAGUUGUGCCGAUUGUGAAAAACAAGACUGGAAACACAUCGGACAAAACUAACUACAGACCAAUUUCGCUUGCCACUAUUGUAGCGAAAGUGCUGGACAGUCUGCUUAACACACAGUUAGAUAAGUACGUACAGCUGCACGAUAACCAGUUCGGUUUUAGGGCCGGAUUAUCAACGGAAAGUGCGAUACUGUGUCUAAAGCAGACUGUCAAGUACUACACCGCCCGAGACACGCCAGUGUAUGCGUGUUUUCUAGAUCUGUCGAGGGCUUUUGACCUAGUCAGCUACGAUAUACUCUGGGACAAAUUGGUGGAUAUGAGGGUCCCUCGGGAGCUCAUAUCCAUUUUUAAAUUCUGGUAUAGAGGGCAGGUCAACAGUGUUCGAUGGGCGGGGGCGCUGUCGGAAUCGUAUAGGUUGGAAUGCGGGGUGAGGCAGGGCGGGUUAACCUCACCGAAGCUUUUCAACUUAUACGUGAACGCACUAAUUGACGAGCUCAGUAGUACGCAUAUCGGAUGUCACGUGGAAGGCAUUAACGUAAACAAUAUUAGCUACGCGGAUGAUAUGGUGCUGCUGAGCGCGUCGCCAUGUGGUCUCUCUAAACUCAUAGCGGUCUGUGAGAGGUAUGCUAUUACGCAUGGGCUCAAGUACAAUGCCGCGAAAAGUGAGUUAAUGGUGUUUGGAGUCAGAGGGAAGUGUUUGCCGACAGUACCAGCCUUAAAGUUGAAUGGGAAUCCCCUGAAGCUGGUCAAUCAGUUUAAAUACUUGGGGCAUAUCAUCACCUCUGACUUCAAGGACGGUGCCGACGUCGAAAGGGAGCGAAGGGCGCUGGCUGUUCGAGCAAACAUGAUUGCCCGCAGGUUUGCUCGUAGCUCAACUGCCGUAAAGGUAACAUUAUUCCGAGCAUUUUGUACCUCAUUUUAUACGAGUAGCCUGUGGGUUAACUACACGCAGAAACAGUACAGCGCGUUGCGAGUGCAAUACAACAAUGCUUUUAGGGUGCUGAUGGGGUUGCCUCGCUACUGCAGCGCAUCGUUAAUGUUUGCGGAGGCGCGCGUGGACAGCUUCUCUGCCAUCAUGCGCAAACGCGCCGCCUCGCUGAUCAGCAGGGUGAGGGCCAGCACCAACAGCAUCCUAGCAAUGUUUGCAAGCAGGUUGGAUGGUGCGUAUCUGAACCACUGCAGUGCGCUCCAUGUAUUCGACAAUAUGUAAUAAUAAUAUUGUAUACUAACACUAGACGUAAGAUAAGUAGGUACUAACAUGGUUAUUUAAUUUUAAUGUAAUCGGAAUAUUGUUAAAUUUUAUUAAUUAACUUAUUUAUUUAUUUAAUUUAUUGUAAUGUAUUAUGUUUGUUUGUUUGUUGUGUGAUCCCAGAUGGUCGAAAUAAAUGAUAAUUUAAUUUAAUUUU